AUGAAUUCCCAACAAGUAGCUGGGCUACAUACUCCUCCACGUGAUGGCCCGGAGCCCGGAAACCUUGUUGGCAGAGCGGCGGCUCUUGGGGUCUCAUCGGAAGAUCAAAGAAUUUAUACGGCUGAUGGUUCAUUGUCUGGCUUGGAUAAGCCCUCAAUUGUUCAACAGACAAUACUGCCUUCAGGGCAGGUUGUGAUUGGCGGGAAGGAAACGCAAUAUGUUGGCGCUACUCACUGGGCUGCAAUUCUUGAUGACAUAGGAGAAGUCAAAGAAUAUUUUGAUCAAGGAGAAGACGAUGAUAUUGAAGAGGAGACUGGGCCUGAACCCAGUCUACUUUCCAAUACAGAUGCACCACCAACCAAAGCCAAACUAUUGGCAGCUCUACCUUCCCGUAAAGUCGUUGAUAAGAUUGUUCAAGGCUAUUUUAAUGGAGCAAAUCCUAGGAAGAAAUUAAAAUAUAUCAAGCAAAAAUCACAUAGCAAAACCAAAACACCAAUACUCCAGCUCGCGAACAAUCCCUCCAUACUGCACAUAUUCCAAAUUUCAAAUGUUGUUCCACUCCAGAGUCCAGAAAACAAAGACCUCUGA